UUUUCUUUUUCUACAACAUUUGCAUUUCUUAGCUUUCACUCAUCUACACACUACACUACUACUGCACUAUCAUUUGCACUUUUGCUUGUAUUUUCUUGACAUCUGGAGAUACCCUUUUGCCAGCAAAGGACGUGUCUUUAAUUUGGAGUUUCUUUCUCUGAGAUUCAAUAUCCUCUGCAGGGUAUUCCAGUGAGCUAUAUUAAGCAUCGAUCAUGGGCUCUGGAGUUUGGUUCAAGAAUAUAAUGAGUAAAAAGAAGAGAGGUGACAGAUCGCAAAAAUUGAAGCAGAUAUAUUCAACACCCGAACUGUCAAAUGGGUACAAGGAGGAAAACUGCUUGCAGAAUGAGUCUCCAAUAUUAACAAAUGAUGUUUCUGAGGAAAAUCAUGAUGAUUUUGGCAUGCGCAUUGAGGAGAUUGCAGCAACUCAAAUUCAAACUGCAUAUCGAGGAUACGUGGCAAGGAAAAAUUUCGGUCGUCUAAAAGCAACAGUAAGGUUACAGAACCUGUUGCAAUGUGAUGCUGUUAAAAAGCAAGCAUCAACAACUUUGGGCCAUCUCCACUCAUCGACCAAAAUUCAGGCACAGAUUAGAGCUCGCCGAGUACAUAUGGUAACAGAAGGUCGUCUCAGGCAGAAGAAGCUAGAGAAUCAAUCAAAGCUUGAAUCAGAGCUACAUGACCUAGAGGUGAGACUGGAUGCUUUCUUAGUUGAAGGUUUUGUUGCAUUCUUGUUAUUGUAGUUAAUGUUUAAGAAGGAAAAGGGACAAAGAAACAAACAAAAAAUAUUUAAUGUAGAUGUAACUAGGUUCCACCUGUGAAUUUUUGAAAGUUUAUCAGACACGUUAUCUGAAGUCUUAACCACUACUUUCUACUAGAUUAAGAAGUACAAUUAUACAAGAGAAAGUAAGUGACCAAUUUUCUGUAUCAUUCCUGUAACUUAUGUGUGCUACGAAGAACUAAAACCAAGACCCCAUACGGAGACAUAGAUAAACCAUAUUUGUCCUCUAUCCUCAUCGUAACAUGUUUACAGGACUUCUUUAAGAAUUAGUAUCUGUUUUCCUCUAUCUAUACAAGUAUUAAUAUUUCCUUGGACAAAUUGUACUAAUUUGACAACGAAGUAGUUCUUGGGAUAGCAAUUAGCAUUCAGACCUUAUUUGAUCAUCUGACUGUAACAAGUCUUUCUUUUAUUGGAAUUCUUUAUGAUGUCUUUACAAUAAAGGACAUAAUUUAAUGAUUUGGGCUGUUCAAAAAUUAUGCCUAUCUUCCAUUAAUGUAAUUCCUGACAGGUGG